UUAAUGACGUCGGGCUGUAAACAAGACUGACGCUCCAAACUGCGUGGCCGAAGCGAGCAUCCUCUGGUGAACCCACUGACCGAGACCUCGCAAGUGCCGCCUGGUCGCCGCGGUUUUGUUUCGGCUGACGUCCACGGCGGUUCCCCCACUCGACUCGUCUUAUGCGGUCCCCGGGUCCAGAACGUAUUGGUCCCGCUUGAGUGUCAUGGCUCGGAAGACAGACAUCCCCUCCAUCUACUACGGUGAGCCACGGAAGUUUGACCCGAAGUUCAGAGGUCCAGUUCAUAACAGUCAAGUGACUGAAAGCGGAAGAGCUGCUCCUUGCUGUGCUUGUGUGUGAGGGGAGGGCCAUGUACUCCGUUAGAGAGACACACAGGAGCUGCACGGAUGUGGUCUGCUGUGUUAUUUUCAUCAUCGUCAUCCUCGGCUACAUCGCGCUGGGCACUGUGGCCUGGAUCCAUGGCGACCCCAGGAAGGUGGCCUAUCCAACUGACAGCCACGGGCAGUUCUGCGGCCAACAGGACACUCCUAAUGCAAAUAAAGCCAUCUUGUUCUACUUCAACAUGUUGAAAUGUGCCAACCCUGCAGUGUUAAUUAACCUCCAGUGCCCUACAACCCAGCUCUGUGUCUCCAAGUGCCCUGACAGAUUUGCCACGCUUCGGACUGCCCAGAAUUCCACAACCUGGGAGUAUUACAAGCAGUUCUGCAAACCAGGCUUUGGCAGUAAGCCGAUUGAAGAGGUCAUACGAGAUGAUGACUGCCCAUCCAUGAUUGUGCCAAGCAGACCCUUUCUUCAGCGGUGCUUCCCCGAUUUUAUCACAAGAAAUGGAAUCUUAACUGUAGCCAACCAGACCGUCUUUAAUGACGGACUCAGUGUAAGAAGUGUCAACGACCUGAAAGACGCUGCCAACGGUAUCUCCAGUCUGCUAAACGCCAAAGAAUUUAGCUUGAGGAUCUUUGAGGAUUAUGCAAAUUCUUGGGAUUGGAUCCUCAUAGCUUUGGUCAUAACCAUGGUGGUCAGCCUACUCUUCAUCCUGCUGCUGCGCUUCACCGCUGGCGUGCUGUUGUGGCUCAUCAUCUUUGGCGUCAUUGCAGCGGUCGGCUACGGUAUCGGCCACUGCUACUGGGAGUACAGUGUGCUAAGCGGGAAGCCAGGCGCCAACGUCACCAUCUCAGACAUUGGCUUCCAGACAGACUUCAGCAUUUACCUGAAACUCAGCCAAACGUGGCUCAUCUUCAUGAUCUCGCUGUCCGUGAUGGAGGCCAUCAUUGUGAUUAUGCUGAUUUUCCUGAGGAAACGGCUCCAGAUCGCCAUUGCACUGUUGAAGGAGGGAAGCAAGGCUAUCAGCUACAUCAUGACGACUCUCCUCUACCCCAUCUUCACCUUCUUCCUGCUGUCCCUCUGCAUCGCUUAUGGCGCAGUCACAGCAAUCUUGUUAGCGUCCUCUGGUAACGCCGUGUACAAGGUGACAUCAGCAGAUGACAAAUGUAUCUACGGCAACCUCACAUGUAACCCAAAGACGUUCAGUGCGACCAACAUCACCACCGUGUGCCCAGGGUCACAGUGCUUGUUCGCCUUCUAUGGCGGCGAGAGUACAUACCACCGCUACAUCUUUGUCCUCCACCUGUGUAAUCUGUUUGCCUUCCUGUGGAUGGUCAACUUCACCAUCGCGCUGGGCCAAUGCACUCUGGCUGGGGCCUUUGCAUCUUAUUACUGGGCGUUGAGGAAGCCCAGAGACAUCCCUUCCUGCCCGCUGCUCUCAUCUUUUUGCAGGGCCUUACGUUAUCACACAGGCUCGCUGGCCUUUGGUGCUCUCAUCCUCUCUGUGAUACAAACCAUCCGCGUUGUCCUCGAGUACCUGGACCACAAACUGAAAGGAUCCCAGAAUGCCUGCGCCCGCUUCCUCUUGUGCUGCCUCAAAGGUUGCUUCUGGUGCUUGGAACAUUUUAUCAAGUUCAUCAACAGAAAUGCAUACAUCAUGAUAGCAAUAUAUGGGAAGAGCUUCUGCACGUCCUCCAAGGAUGCAUUCUUCCUCUUGAUGAGGAAUGUUGUUCGGGUGGCCGUACUUGACAAGGCGACGGACUUCUUAUUGUUCCUGGGAAAAUUACUCAUUUCAGGAAGUGUUGGUCUGCUCGCAUUUUUCUUCUUCACUCGUAAAUUACCAGUCAUUCAAGUGGAGGUACCCUCGCUAAAUUACUACUGGGUCCCCCUGCUGACGGUGAUAUUUGGAUCGUACAUGAUUGCACAUGGUUUUUUUAACGUCUACUCCAUGUGCGUGGACACCUUGUUCCUGUGCUUUUGUGAAGACCUGGAGAGGAACGACGGUUCCCCCUCCAGGCCCUACUACAUGUCUCCCGGCCUGCGCAAGAUCCUACACAAAGCGGAUUCCCUUGCCAAAUCUUCUUUGUGAGCAACCAGUGGCUGUUGAACUACAAAAAAACAACAGCUCUCACAUUGACUUUUCUUCAUAUCUGCUGUAAGUGAGUGUGUGUGGAUGCAUCACAGCCUGGACAUGAAAACACCCCCGCCCUCACUUUAAGAUGCUUUUUUUCCCUUCCCUGCAUUCUCUGCCUUAUGAAGAGGAUACGUGUCAAAUCACAGGCUGGCCUCGAUGGACAAAAUGCAGAAAUGCAACGUACAAAGGCCCCAUGUGGUAUACGGCAAACACCAUGUUGGAAAAAUGGUGGCACUUUUACUGGAAAAUCAACUUUUAUAUGCACUGUCAUUUCUACAAAGAACCAUGUGACUUACAGUGGAUACAGGAGAAACAUGAAAUAGCAGCUUUUUAAAGCAUGGAGGGGAAAAAAGGACAACUCACUCAAACAUCAUGACAUAUAUGACCUCAUACAAUUCAACUGAAGGGAGAAAAUAUUAGAGAAUAUUUACAAUUAGAUAGUUGCAUCACUAUAGAAAAAAAUCAAACUAGAAAUACUACAAAGUGAAUUGCGCUCAAGAACUACAAUAAAGCAAAACUAUUGCUUAACUUUUUUGGUAACUAACCUUGCAUAAGGUUCCCUAAAUGUCAUUCAUUCAUUUUCUACCGCUUUUUCCUCACGAGGGUCGCGGGCAUGCUGGAGCCUAUCCCAGCUCUCUUUGGGUGAGAGGCGGGGUACACCCUGGACUGGUGGCCAGCCAAUCGCAGGGCUUAAAUGUCAUGCACAUGUGAAAACCUUUGAAGACACAGGUAGGCGUUUGCAGAGCAAUACUGCCACCCAGUGGCGUUUUAUAGGCAUUGCUGGGAUGAAUAACACCUGUGUAGUGUAUAAUGUGUAUUUAUGUUAUUUUAUUUAUUUAUGUUCGGAGUUGGAGUAUAGAACACUUGUUUUGAACUUCUAAGUACAGUCUUUAUCAUUUUAGGAGACCUGUAGACAUAAAAUAACACCCCUAUAGCCACCUUUACGCUUUUGUUAUUCUUUGUCAACAUCACAUUGCUCAGCUCUAAUGCACAGGCUACGGGAUCACUGCAGAGACACAAGAGACAGCCAUGGUUUUAAACAUUACUAAGCUGGCAAGCUCACUAGUUAGCCACCCAUCCAUCAUAUAUGCCGUUUAUCCUCACUAGUGUCACGGGUGUGCUGGAGCCUAUCCCAGCUGACUUCCGGUGAGAAGUGUGGUACUCCCUGGACUGUCGCCAGCCAAUCACAGGGCACAUAUAGACAAGUCAUCAAUUACGUCAAUUAUAACAUGCAACAACUAAAAAAAAAACAUAUGCACAGGGAGAAGAACAUGCAAACUCCAUACAGAGAUGCCUGACUAGUGAGCUUCCAAUUAAUUUUUUUAUUUAAAAAAAACUUAUUUAUUAUUUAUUUUUAAAAAACUUACCACUUCUUUUCACUCUAUUAUGAUGGAAAAAAUAAUCUAAUGUCAUGUCUCAGUAAUGUAACAUUAAUGACACCUAGAGGUCAUAAUACUACAUAUACCGUUGUCUUUCAAUAUUUUUUGACCAACCAACAACAAAACAGUGAUCAAUAAUUAAUUUAGAUAUCGAGGGAGCAAUAAUUGAGCCAACAUAUUGCAAGAAACGACUGUACACACUGAUGCAACAGCUGAUUGUACAGUUUAAGUAAAAAGAUUUACUCUUCACUUGAAUUGCAUAGGUUAUAGGUCACAUUAUUUUGGGGGAGGUGGGUGUGGGGACUUCCAAAGUAAAAUUUUAAACAAUGCAAAAAGCUGCUAUUUUAAAACCUUAUCCUCUCGUCCAGCAUGAUGACUUUGAAUUUGAGGUUUCUUUCUUCCACCAUAUUUCUAAUACUAAUAGAUCCUCUGCAAAAAAAGAAGGUAUGUAUUCGACAUUCUUUACAUGACACCACUGCACAUCAUGCUCAUAAUAGAUGUACUGUAAACCAGACUUUGUGGGAGGUCAAGACUUCAAGAGGAGGGACACUGAUGAAGGAUGAGGUUUUUUUCGGCGGUAGUCGCUGGUUUAUGUGCCUAGUUGUGUUAUUAAUUAAAAAAAAAAGAUGAAAUUGUUUUUUUUGUGGUUUUAGAGCUAACACUGGAAACUCUUUGCGAUACAGUUUCUAUAAAAAGGAUGUCAAAGCCAUUUUUGGUACAUUUUUUUAUGAUUGGAUGGUUGAGAUGUAGUGCUGUUUUAAUACCGAGUAUAAUCGACACAUCUGUCUCAAGGUAACUCCGUCUUCUUUUGCUUAGAUGACUUUUUUACUGAUUAAAUCCAAUGAUAAUGUGAGUCCCUUUUUUAAAAAUAAAUUUGAAUGACUUACAUCAGUCAGUUCACAAUUUCUUUCUUUUUUGAUUUUUCUUUAACACUGCUUCCCUCCUAGUGUGGGAUUUGGAGGUGAACGACGGCUCUCCUCAACGGCCUUUCUACAUGAACAAAACCCUGCAACGUAUCCUCAACAAAAAGAACAAGAAAACAAAGGGGGUCAAAACAUAGCAGGGCUAAUAAAUUGACUUUUGUCAUUGACUUGAGAAAAAUACAUUUAAAAAUGUUAAAAGCCAGGGUUUAAAACCCCACAAUAGACACCUACUGUGACUGAAUGAACGUGCGUCAGUACUGUACAUCCAUAUAAGGAAUCACUGGCUCCACCCCGGGUUCAAGCUGAGUGGGACCAAUCAUAGCGGAGUGGGCGUGACUAUACAGCUGGAAUAGGUGCAGAUUCUGGAAGACCGAGAAAGCUUUCUGUGUGGGUUAUGGUGUGUACUGUCGGUAGUCUGUAGGAGUCCACGAAACAUAACAUAACAGGUCCUAUUUAGAACAUAUUGCUGCAGUCCUCCUUAGAACCAAAAAUGCAUUUACAGUGUUCCGUAAUGGCGCAGAAAAGUCCAACUUUUUGUGCGAUGGUUAGCAUCCUUCUCAGCCUUUUGUGUGCAGGACGUUUCGUCGACAUUUUGGGUUUUGUUGGGGAGAAGAUUGCAAAUAUUUAAACGCUGCAAGCUAGCAAGACACGGGCAGUCAGCUGGGUGGCACGAAGGAGAUUGAUUGACAGUGGUGUACAGCCAAUCAGGACGCAGAAGACAACAGGCGGUGUAUACAGACCGAUUGAAGAGAGGGAGAGAGAGAAAGCGAGAUACUCAACUUCCGUAACCCACAUUCUAAUUCUUCUUAAAGGGCCACGCUCGGCAUGUAACAGCGUCCAUAGCUGUAAUAAUAAAAAUAUUAGUAAAUGACUUAUUUCCACUCACGAAAUGACCAGUUUAUUCUAAUAAGGCCAUUCAAUAAAUAUGUUUUGACAUAAUUAAAUUCGCUUUAAAUAAAUAAAUUAUUUAAUAGUGUCAUUAUGGGGAUAAAUGUAAUACAUUAUUUCGCAUUUCAAUUUAUAUAAUUAAGUUUGUUUAAAGAAAACGCUAUAAGAAUUGAAUUCUGUUUCUGUGCUCCUGUUGUUCCCAGAUGUAGCCGCUAGGGGUCCAGUGUUGAUUAUCUCAUAUUGAGGAAUGUUUUAUUACUUUCACGAGUUUAUGGCAAAGCAGUUUGUUUUAUACUUUCACCAAACUGCUUUUCUGAAGCAUCAUUGCACAUUGAGGCAGCAGUCCGAAAACCUCAAGUUUGGUGCUGUCCCGGGGACACACUUCACCCACCUUGCUCCUCCAACCUAAACCAGCUCCACCAAGAGGGGGAUCAUAUUGAGUGGGUAGCACUCUGCACCCUGUCCCGGUGCUCUACUAUUGUCCCCGGAGACAGAAGAAUGCCUUGAGGAGAGAGCAUCACUAUAUAAAUGCCAUUUUAGACACUGCCACUUUAAAACAGUGUAUCAUAUUGUUAAGUCAUUGUACCCACCAUUGACUGUUAUAGAGCAAAGUUGUUUAGGUAAGUAAGAGAUUACACAACAUCUUUUAGUGCUCCCUUGUCUUCCCACAUGUGUAGCAAUAAGAUUCUUUUGGUCAACCACAGCAGAACAAGUAGACACAAGUAGGCAGAAUGUGCCAAACAUCUUCAGCUCAACUGCACAACUCCUUUACACUUUUUAUUUAUUUUUGUUUGUGUGGGUGUCGUGUCUUUGUUUAUACAAUAAAAAUUGUACCUUAUUGUGCAUGUACUUGUUUGUACCCG